ACCCGUCUUUCCUUCAUUUCGCGACGAUCGUCCAUCGAGGAUGAACCGACACAGUGAAUUCAUCUUCGUUUUUCUGCUCCUGGCCUUGUCCAUGGUUUACGCAGAACUCAUCCCAUGGCGACCGUGUCCUUACCCUGAUUCUAAUACACCAUCAAAUUGCACCAUACAUGAAGUGUAUUUGGAUCCCUGUAAAGAAGCUGCAGAGGAGAAACCAUGUAAAGUAAAAAGAGGAAUUACUUCAAACAUGACUUUUCACUACACACCUGACUUCUCGUCAGACAAGAUGAACGUCCGAAUUUUCUGGGCUAGUCAAGUAAUGGAUAUUCCAUUUUUGGGAAUGGACCCCGAUGCUUGCUUAUCAACCACGUGUCCAGUCGAAGCAGGACAAAGAUACGUGUAUCAUGCGGAAAUACCAAUUCUGAAAAAAUAUCCUGUUAGAACGUAUGACGUCAAAUGGAAAAUCUGGGGUGAGCAAGAACAAGAAUGUUGCUUCAUGUUUCAAUUUAAAAUCGUGAAAUAAUAUCAGCUAUACGUGAGACGUCCAAACGCGACAAUUCAAUCUGCGAUUUUAUUAAUUAAUCAAAUAAACAAAUCAUUACGACUA